UACAAUUUUAAGAAAGCAAAGAUAGAAAUCUUAGUGUACCGGCCACAAAAUGGAUCCCGACUGCUUUGCCAUGUCCUCGUACCAGUUUGUCAACUCACUGGCCUCCUGCUAUCCGCAGCAGAUGAACCCGCAGCAGAGUCAUCCGGGCGCCAAUGGCAGCACUGGCAACAGCGGAGGCGCGGGCGGUGCGAACGGCGGGCAGGGUAACUCGGGUGCGGCGACGCCGGGGGGCAACGACUACUUCCCAGCAGCAGCCGCCUACACGCCCAACUUGUAUCCGAACACACCGCAGGCCCACUAUGCGAACCAGGCGGCCUAUGGUCUGGGCGGCGGAGGCGGGGCGCCGGGCGGUGGGCAGGCCAAUCCCGAUAUGGUGGACUAUACGCAGCUGCAGCCGCAACGGCUGCUGUUGCAGCAGCAGCAACAGCAGCAGCAGCACGCCCAUGCGACGGCCGCCGUUGUCGCCCAGCAACAACAACAACAGCAGCAGCAGCAGCAACAGUUGCCGCAACAGCAGCAACAACUCCCGCAACAACAACAGCAACAGCAGGCGAGCAUUAGCUGUAAAUACGCCAACGAUCCGUCGACGCCUGUUGGCAACAACAACAAUAACAACAGCGCCAACAGCAACAACAACAACCAGUCGCUGGCCAGUCCGCAGGAUCUCUCCACGCGCGACAUCUCCCCCAAGCUAUCGCCCAGCUCCGUGGUGGAGAGCGUAGCCCGUUCCCUCAACAAAGGCGUGCUCGGCGGCAGCCUGGCCGCCGCCGCCGCCGCCGUGAGUCUUAAUAACAACCACAGCAGUGGCAGCGGCGGUGGUGGCGGAGGCGGAGGCGGCGGUGGCGGUGGCCCCGGACCCGUCAAUGUGAAUGUGAACGUGCCCAUGCACAGUCCGGGCGGCGGCGACUCCGACUCGGAGAGCGACAGCGGCAACGAGGCGGGCAGCAGUCAGAACAGCGGCAACGGCAAGAAAAAUCCGCCACAGAUCUAUCCAUGGAUGAAGCGAGUACAUCUCGGACAGAGCACUGUGAAUGCCAAUGGCGAGACGAAACGACAACGGACCUCAUAUACCCGCUAUCAGACACUGGAACUGGAGAAGGAAUUCCAUUUCAAUCGCUACCUGACGCGCCGGCGACGCAUUGAGAUCGCGCACGCGCUCUGCCUGACGGAGCGACAGAUCAAGAUCUGGUUCCAGAACCGGCGCAUGAAGUGGAAGAAGGAGCACAAGAUGGCGUCAAUGAACAUUGUGCCCUAUCACAUGGGCCCCUAUGGCCAUCCCUAUCACCAGUUCGAUAUCCAUCCGUCACAGUUCGCGCAUCUGAGCGCAUAGGACGCGUGGCACUUUUCGGGUACUGGUUAGAGACUCAAUCAGUUGUAUCAGGAACCAUAUCAGGCGGCGGCAGCGGCCAGCGUGGCCGGCGGCUAUCAGUCACAGGGCUCUCAGGAUGCUACCGCGGCGGCAUCGGUGCUAGGCAGCGCCAG